UGGUCUCUCCUUCUCCUCCUCAAUCGCAAGGCUUCGCUCAACGACUCGACACCGCCAACAGGGAUGCAGCGAGGGCGCAGCGCAGCCUGAAAAUGGCACCACCACGCGUCCUGUGGAUCUAUCCAUCCCUUCCCCUGCUCUCCUCUCUUCUCCUCGUUUUCCACGCGUCUCCGCCGUGCACGGCCUUACGGAAUUACCCGGAGAAUGAAGUUACUUUGUUAGACUCCAUGUCGGCACUGGCGGACCUGGGCUGGGAGGCUUACCCAAAUGAAGGGUGGGAGGAGAUAAGUGUGAUGGAUGAGAGGAACACCCCGAUGAGGACCUACCAGGUGUGCCAUGUAAUGGAGGCCAAUCAAAACAACUGGCUGCGGACGCGGCAUAUCAGCCGGGAGGGAGCGCAGCGAGUCUACAUCGAGAUCAAGUUCACCCUGAGAGACUGUAACAGCCUGCCUGGGGUCUCUGGUACCUGCAAAGAGACUUUCAACAUGUACUACUAUGAGUCCAACAACGCUAACCUGUGGUUCAUCAAGGAAAGCCAGUAUGUCAAGAUUGACACAAUCGCUGCAGAUGAGAGCUUUACACAGGUGGACGUUGGUGACCGUGUCCUGAAGCUGAACACAGAAGUGCGAGACAUCAGCAACUUGAGUAAAAAGGGUUUCUACCUGGCCUUCCAAGACCUGGGUGCAUGCAUUGCUCUGGUCUCAGUCAGGGUCUUCUACAAGAAGUGUCCUCUGACUGUGCUCAACCUGGCCCAGUUCUCCGACACAAUAACAGGAGGAGACACUGCGCUAGUGGAGGUCCGUGGGGUUUGUGUGAACGCCUCAGAGGAGUUUGAGCCGCCCAAGAUGUACUGCAGCGCAGACGGAGGCUGGCUGGUCCCCAUCGGGAGAUGUGUGUGCAAACCAGGGUUUGAGGAGAACAAGGACAUCUGCCAACCGUGUAGACCUGGAACUUACAAAGCUUCAGCCACAGAUGCCUACUGCACCAAAUGUCCACCUCACAGCUCAUCCCCACAGGAACAGGCCAUCGAGUGCAUUUGUGAGAAAGGCUUCUACCGCGCCGAGACCGACCCACGCUCAAUGGCUUGCACACGUCCUCCAUCUGCACCAGAGAACCCCAUCUCCACGGUGAAUGAGACCUGCGUCUCCUUGGAGUGGUCGCCACCACGUGACACAGGAGGCAGAGGGGACAUUACCUACAGCCUACAUUGUAGGAAGUGCUCCGGCGAUGGCAAAAAGUGUGUACCGUGCGGCAGCAGCGUCCAUUUCGUCCCGAGACAGUUUGGCCUCUCGUCGGCCAGUGUGCUGAUCACUGACCUGCAGCCAGACUCUAACUACAGCCUUACAGUCGAGAGUCAGAACGGAGUGUCAGACCUGAGUCCAACUCCCAGGGGCACGGUGGUAAUAAAUGUCACAACAUCCCAGACAGUGAGUGUAGUGUUAAAGGAAAGGCGAAGCAAGGACAGCGUAACGUUGGCCUGGCAGGGUCCGGAGAGACCUAAUGGAGCAAUCGUGGAGUAUGAGGUCAUCUACUAUGAGAAGAACCAGCGGGAACAAAACUACACGGUUCUGAAGACUCGAUCUAACAUGAUGACAGUGGACGGGCUGAAGCCUGGAACCACCUACGUGUUCAGAGUGAGAGCGCGAACCGAUGGGGGCUACGGGACCUACGGUGGAGAGAUUGAACUGGAAACCAGCCAUGAGGACGUUCUGGCCAUUGGGGACCCGAACCAGUCCACCAUUUUGGUUGUGUCCAUUGCAGGAGGGAUUGUUCUCCUCAUCUUCUUGGUGACCUGCUUUGUUGUUAGUGGAAGGCACUGUGGAUACAUAAAGGCCAAGCAGGACCCUGACGAGGAGAAGAUGCAAUUCCAGCACGGUCGAGUGAAGCUUCCAGGCAGCAGAACGUACAUCCAUCCUCACACCUACGAAGACCCAAACCAGGCUGUCCGAGACUUUGCCAAAGAGAUAGACGCUUCCAACAUUCGCAUAGAGAGAGUCAUUGGAGCUGGAGAGUUUGGGGAGGUGUGCAGUGGUCGCCUACGUGUUCAGGGGAAGAGGGAGAUCUACGUGGCCAUCAAGAGCCUGAAGGCAGGCUACUCUGACAAGCAGAGGAGGGAUUUCCUCUCUGAGGCAUCCAUCAUGGGACAGUUCGACCACCCGAACAUCAUCAGGCUGGAGGGUGUCGUGACAAAAUGUAAGCCUGUGAUGAUCAUAACAGAGUUCAUGGAAAAUGGGUCUCUGGACACUUUCUUGAAGAAACAUGACGGCCAGUUCACAGUGAUCCAGCUGGUCGGUAUGCUGCGCGGCAUCGCCUCGGGUAUGAAGUACCUGUCAGACAUGAGCUACGUUCACAGAGACCUGGCGGCUCGAAACAUCCUGGUCAACAGCAACCUGGUGUGUAAGGUGUCCGACUUCGGCCUGAGCCGAGUUCUGGAGGACGACCCCGAGGCCGCCUACACUACAAGGGGAGGAAAGAUUCCCAUCAGAUGGACAGCUCCAGAGGCCAUCGCCUACAGGAAGUUCACCUCAGCCAGCGAUGUGUGGAGUUACGGCAUUGUCAUGUGGGAGGUGAUUUCAUACGGGGAGAGACCGUACUGGGAGAUGUCCAACCAGGAUGUGAUCAAAGCAAUAGACGAGGGUUACCGUCUUCCUGCUCCUAUGGACUGCCCGGUGGUGUUGCACCAGCUCAUGUUGGAUUGCUGGGAGAAGGGGCGCAGUGACCGGCCAAAGUUUGGACAGAUUGUCACAAUCCUGGACAAGCUCAUCAGAAACCCAGCUAGUCUCAGAGAGCUGGCAAACAGCUCAGCCUGCAGGGAGGACCCGCCCACCCCAGAGUUCAGUGUGAGCACUGUGGAUGAUUGGUUGGACACCAUCAAGAUGGGCCAGUACAAGGAGAACUUUUCCAGUGCUGGAUAUGUUAGCUUGGACUCCAUCCUCUACAUCAGUGUCAGUGAGCUGGCUAAGAUGGGAGUGAUGCUGGCCGGCCACCAGAAGAAGAUUUUAUCCAGUGUGCAGAGCUUGCAAGCCCAGGGGACACACGUCCAAGUAUAACAGUUUCCACAUAAACACACAGAGAGACAGAGUUGAACUGGACGCUCCUGUGAGGAGUCUCUGCCCCACUAAGAUAGAACCGUAAUGGAUACUUUGUGCUUGGGUCUCCAUUGAUUUUCUUUUUUUCUUGAGACACUAAAAUGGAGACAACAUUGACGCUUGACUCUUUCACCCUCCCGUAAUCCCCAUCCUGGAUGGGCACUUCAGCACUCGGUAUCUUCUCCGACAACACUCACCAUGACGGAGCAGCAGAGAGACAGCAAAGCCGCACGCAGAGACCAUUUCACGUCAUGUCAACAUAAGCGGGGGGGGGGGAAAAAGCAAAAAGACUUAACAUAAUGACUAAAAACUGAUUAUAAUGCUCAUCACUGUUUGUCAGGUGUACAGUUUGUUUUGCCGUCAUUCUGUUUGUUUUUAUGUUUUCAUAAUGAACGGUUUAAAAAAGGGUCGUAAGGUAUGUAAAUGUGUAGAUAUGUGUUUAUAUGGGCGGUGUAUGCCACAAGCAUAGAGAUGGACCUAACGUUUGUACCGGUGGUUGCACAGUGUUAACAGCAAUUGUUGUAUAUGUAUGAACUCUUCCACUGGCGUCUGCUCACAGAAAGCUAAGAGAUUAUGGAUGACAUGAAUGUGAGGGGAGUGGGGAGAUGACUAAAUGGACCUGUAGACAUAGAGGGGGAUGUAGAUUUUACUAGCUAGUGUAGGAUGGACGUAUGUUUUAAUCGUGUGUUCGGCCAGUAAAAGGGCUUCCUUGGAGACUGCUCUCUGACACACUUCCAUAGAGAGUAGAUCCAGUAUACGUAAGCCUGUUUACGUGCACUUACUGUAUGAUCAUACAGACUGCAAAGAAACGACAGAGUCUAAUGAAAUGUUACUCUUCCGAUAUCUUUUCCAACAUAAACAUAGUUUACAGAGCCUUGCAAACAUAUUCAUACCCCUUUAAACUUUUUCACACUGAUCACAGUUUUAUUGUAUUGGGAUUUUAUUUUGUUGUGACUGACUAUGUGAAGUUAUGCUCAGUUUUGAAGUGGAAGAAAAAUUAUACAAGGUUUUUACAUUUAAAUUACAUGAAAAAUAAAAGGUUUAGUAUGGAUUUGAAUUCAACCCCACUGAGGCAAUUCUUUGUAGAACCACCAUUUUUUUGGAUUUUAGCAACAACUCAUCUUCAGUGUGUGUUUUCCAGGUUUACACACAUGGAGAGUGAAGUUAUUCUCCAUCCUGCCUUAUAAAACAGCCAAAUUUCAGUCAGAUUGGACAUUAAUGUGGAAAUGGUGUGUUCAGGUUUAUUUGGAGUGUUAAGAUUUCUUCCACACAAACCCAAGGGGAUGAGGACAAAAAGCUCAAUUUUGAUCUCAUCUGACAAGAGCAUUUUGUUCCACAUGUUUCUUGUGUCCCAUAUAUGGCUGAUAUAUGGCCCAUAUAUGGCAGAUUUCUUCUUGCCACUCUUUCAUAAAGGCCAGAUUUGUGGAGUGAAUGACUUGUAGUUGUGUAAAUAGAUUCUUCCACAUGAGCUGUGGAUCUCUACAGCUACUCCAGGGUUAGCAUGGACCUAAUUCUGCUUUGCACUUCUCAACAACUUUAUUCCUAACAUGAUAUGUUCCUUGGUCUUCACAAAGAUUUUUGUUCGGCAGUCUUCUCCAACGCACCUCUGAGGCCUUCAGAGAACGCCUAGUUUUAUGCUGAGAAUAAACUACACACAGCUGGGCUCUGUUUACUUGUUACUUGACUUCAGGAGACCAAAGGAUAUUAUUGAGGGCUGUCAGAGUGUAAAGCAGGCUGAAUACAAAUGCAUGCCACACCUUUCAGAUUCGAAGUGCGAAAACAAACAUUGAAAACCAUUAUUAUUUUUCUUACACUUUGUGUUGGUCCCAGUCAAAACGAUUAGUCUGUGGCUUUGACGCGGCAAAAUGUGAAAAAUGGCAAUGUGGGUGUGAAUCUUUUUGCAAGGCAUGCAAAGUAUAUUUGUUGUACAACAUAGUGUAAGGAAUAAUUUAGCUUAAGACGAAGCCUUCCAAUGUUUCAGGUGUGUUUAAACAGUUAAAGUGUUUGUGUGGAGCAAAGGCGAUGCAAGCCAGUGACGCUGUUGAGAACGUCUAACUUGAUUUUACGGGUUUGUGCCAUGUACAGAAAUAAGAAACAAUCUCGAUGACAUACCUUAAUUCUAGUCGUGCACUUUCGUUUCCUCUGUCCUUAUGCCUGGUCGGUUACACAGUGCUGUCCCGAUGAUUACAGAUUUGUGUGUUUUCCAACAUCAUUGCUUGAUAGAACUGUCCCUUGAUUGACAAGGUGAAGUGUUGAAUUUCAGAUGUGCCACCACAAGAGGGUAAUUUGUGCAUAAAAAAAAAAAAAAAACAUUGUAUGUUGUGUACUUUUCGCUUUCUGGUUACAAAAACUGUUUUAUCCUCUUUAUUUUCAGUCACUACCAAAUGCUCACAAAUUUACAAUACACAAUGUUUACAAGAAUAAGCAAGUAUGUUUGUCAAUAUUUUUGCUUAUGACAUUAAUUACACAAUUUGAUGUGAAGGGACCCUCUUCUGUUCACUGUAUCAAUAGCACUGAACCUGAUUUUAGUGUUCUCCGAAACCCAGUUCCAUCACAGGUGGUAAUCUAUAGGACCAACAGUGACAUAAAGUACAGUAAUUGAUUGUAUCAUAAUGUAAAAUAUGUACAGUGUUAAUUUCCAUUAUUAGAAUGUUUGUAAUGAUAACAAUGAUGAUGACUUCGAUGUGCUUUUAAUAUGACAAAGAGAUUUUUGAAGUUUAUGUUCAGGGGCGGCUCAUACAGGUGAAAAGUGCGGGUGAGGCGAUUCAUUAGUUUGAACAAAGGAAUGUAGCAAGGAGAAAAGCUUCAGCUUUGAAAGACAUGAGACAGUGACUGCAGUUUUUAUGACAGUGUUAGGAUGAGUAGAAUGAACUUUCAAGCUUCUUUUAUAUGCAUAUCCACGUUAAAAUGUAAUCACUUCCUGUUUUUGAAUCGAUGCCUGCAUAAAAUACCAAUUUGAAAAAUUACAAUUGAAAAUUUCUUAGUGAAGCCUCCAGCUCAGUAAUACUUUUACUUUAGAUUUGAGAAAUAGACAUGUCUUGCAAGUGGAAUGAAACUGUUACAAGAGUUUCAAAUUAAAUAUUAAAAAGAACAACAAAGCAGAAUAGCCUAUGUGUAAACACUGGAUUACAUGUUUUUUUUUUCUCUCCCUAAACAGUUUUUAUUAUUUCUGCUAGCUAUUAUAAUGUGGUACAACAGUGAUUAAAAGCAUAUCCAUAGCUAAAAUAUUAUAGGUGCUGUAAUUACAAAUCAUAUUGAAUCCACAACAAUUAAAUUCAGAUAAUCCAGUGGAAUUAUCAAAAAUGACAGCAUUGUGACAUUUAUAUCCAGACAUCUAAGCUGACGUUAGCUUAAAUUCGUAAUCAUUUAAAAACCAAGGUUUUUAAAUGAUGACAUUUCAAGUAACUGCAAUUAAGUAGCUUGGAAUGCAAACCUAAUUCUGGGUUUGCUGUGUCUGUAAUUAGAAACGCAUUUUUUUUUUUUUUUUUUUUAAACCAUUCAACUGUACGCUUAAAACUUUGCACGUAACAGGACUGAGGAUUCAAGGGCAGCUAAGGGACCAUUUUUAUCUGCCCUCUUGUUUUACAACUGGUGACAUAAAAAUGUUCCGGCAUAAAAUAAUCAAACUCUCUUGUCAUUUCUUUGUCCAGCCAAAUCACUUUCCUCUUUCGCAAUAAAAAUUCUAGGACUAAAAGUCCUACAAAAUGGCACUAAGUGAAACUGUUCAUUCUACUCUUUCUAACACUGUUAUUACACUCUAGUGGCCUACCUUGGACUGCUGGCCUUUUAGAUGCCUUAUUUACUGAGUUAUAUACUUUCCGUGAUCAAAUAGAGGUGAUAUUAAGAGUAAAGUGUAUAUACAGGUUGUAUUUAUUUGCAUUACUAAGGUGACCUCGCAUCAGCACCCUUGUUGUUUAACAUCUCGGAGACAUCCACAGAACCCCCACCCCCCCAUGGACAGAGGAGAGUAGUUGGUUUGGUUUCUAAAAUAAUAUUUAAAAACCCUUUAAGGUUCUGACCUGAAAAGCUGAAGUGGGGAAAAUACAUGUUAUUUUGCAGAUCCCAGAUGAUUGGCUGACAUUAAAAAUGACAUAUACGCGUGACUGUUUUUAAGUGCAGAACUCUACAUAAGGUGUACCCUCAAUUAAUUCCUCAAAAAUUAAAGGAAGCUAUUAGUGCGCUUUUUGUGUUCCUAGUUAGCACUUCUAAUCCAUACCUGCACCCUUUUCUUAAAUCCCACGUUUCUGGCACUCCACGCCUUGCCAAGUUUAGCGCUGUGGGCUGGUUCUCUCGAUCUGAAAUGCUGCGUUUGUUUCUGUUUCUCACCAGGUAUGUGCUGUAAAUGUCCAUUAGAUUCUGAGUUGCUGCUUUCAGUUUCCUCUCCACCGCCCCCAAAGCAUCCCCUCUUCUCUCUUUUGUUGCCCACCCAUAAAGGUUAUUUGUUCCUAUGCCAAUUUCCUCUGCAUUGCUUGUUGUAAAGGAUGUAGGCAUUCUUAUGUCCUUCAUGUCGCUGUAAUAAAUAUGCUAAUAUUUCUAAUUUCUCA